UAAAAUUAUUACACAUGGCCGCUGCUCCUCGCGCUGUUAAACGUUACUGAAACGUUUUACAUAUGCUGUGUCAUUCUUUGUCCACUCCUGCUCCCUUUUGUACAGUCACUGAGUCUCUGGAAGAAUGACCACCUGUACAACGCAGCAGCCCUGGUUUGAGGAAAGUUGCAGUGUGGCUGAUGAUGUGGAUGAUUUAUUGGCAUAUUCUGAUCCUACGCCAAAUUUAUACUCAGUUCCUAGUAAUAGAGGAGGAACCGACCAAAUCGAGUCACUCGUUCAAUUAAAUCUUGAUCUACAGAACAGCUUGUCUGCACUGAGGGAAGAGUACGAUAUUGUAUACCAGGAGAAGAAUCAGCUACUGAUAGAUAACAAGUCCCUCCAAGAGCAAUGGGAAAGAUUUCAAGAUGACAGAUAUCAGCAAAAAGCAUACAUUGAGCAAUUGGAAGCCGAGCUCUACGAAAAGAGAAAGGAGCUUGCUUCUCUCAAGAAAGAAUCGGAACUAACCAAAGAAAAUGUUAAGUUGAAGAAACUGGUGAGGAGACUCAGGCAAGAACAAAAGUACAGCAAAGUCACAAGUAAGACCAAGAGCCUUGGUACUAAUAGUCCUGCUAAUAAGAAGAGGUAUGACUGGUCUGUUGAUGAUGACGAUAGUUUAGAAUCAGCACCAAAACGAAGGACCCAAGACUCUGACACAAUGUCAGUGAUCGUUCUGUCACCUGAAGAAGAUCCAAUGGAGAGUCAUUCGCCAGAGACUCCUUUUAUAGACUUUGAAGUUGCUACACCUUUACCAGGCAAUGGGAAUCAUUCAUCCACUGCAUCACCAAUGCCUCCUGUAUCUCCAUUGCUGUCUGCAUCAGUGAUUGAUAAUGGGGACUCAACCAUACCUACUGUGAAUAAUGGUCAGUUAUUGGCUACAGCAUCACCCAUGGCAUCAUCUAUGCCUUUGUUUAACGAUACUCCAGUUGGAUCACCGAGAUCUUCUGUAGUCUCCGUACCAGUAUCACAAGUUCCUGUACCGGUAUCACAAAUUUCUGUACCAAUAUCACCAGCUCCUGUACCAGUAUCACCAGCUCCUGUACCAGUAUCACCAGCUCCUAUACCAGUAUCACCAACUCCUGUACCAGUAUCACCAGUUUCUGUACCAGUAUCACCAGUUUCUGUACCAGUAUCACCAGUUUCUGUACCAGUAUCACCGAUUCCUGUACCAGUACCACCAGCUCCUGUACCAGUAUCACCAGUUUCUGUACCAGUAUCACCAGCUCCUGUACCGGUAUCACCAGUUUCUGUACUGGUAUCACCAGCUCCUGUACCGGUAUCACCAACUCCUGUACCAGUAGUCAAUGAAACCUUGACGCCAGAAAAAUCUCCAGUAUCUUCAGUGACCAGUCUGUUAUCACCCAUGGAUCAAUCUCGGUAUCCAUUAGCUACUAUGAGUCCAUCAACUAUGAGCAAUGAAGAAGAAGAAGAUGAUGAUGAUGAUGAUUACUUUGACGAUUAUCAAGAAGUUUUAUGCAAGAUCACGUCACUUCCAUUAUUGCUCUCUCCAUUACCUCCCUCUCCUUCUCGUUCUCCUCCUCCUUCAUUACAAGCUCCUUUUCCCUCUACUUCACAAACUCCUUUACCCUCUACUUCACAAGUCCUUCUUUCUUCCUCUUCACAAAUUUCUCCUUCAACUCUUAAUCCUCAAACUCCUUCCAUUUCUCCUUUAUUGUCUUUAAAUCGACGGCUCUCUUCUCCUAUCACUCCCCUCCCACCCUCUCCUUGUGUAAAAGCAGCUGCUCCUAGUGGUCCUUUCUCUGCUGGUCUUCCUCCUUCUAGUUGUCGUGUGAAUCUACUCAAAUCAUUUUCUCAAAUAUCAGAGUCUAGUUCUUCAGUCAGUCGGCAGUGCGUAGUAGAUGAAGGUGGUGAAUCUAAUCACGAUAAAAUCAUAAUGACUAAUAGUGAUGAAGAUGAUGAGAUGGGAUGGGAGAGUAAUUGUAAAGAAAUGCUGUCGCUUCCUUCGUUGCUUUCGCCACUUCCAUCUACUCCUCUCCCUCCUCCAGGCGUCCCUAGUUCCACUAUGCAGUGCGUUAAUAAACCUUUUAGUCCUUCAUUUUCUGGUCAAUCAGAAUCACGGGUUGAGAAAGAGCCCGAUCUCAGAGAAGAGGCGGAGCAUGAAGAUAGUGCUGAUUUAGUGAUUGAUAUUGAUCCUGAUAUCAAGUUUGAUUCCAUUGAGUCCUCCUUGUCUCAGCCUCUAGACCCACUGAUAGCUCCAAUGACUCAUAGCACUGAGAGUUUAAUGGUUGAUGUGGUCGCUGUGGGAUAUACAAACUUACCCAAUGAUUCUCCUUCUUUAUCUGAGACCAAUACACGCCAUCAUUCUGACUCCGAGCUAUCUUCUACUAAAGAGGAGAUCAUGAAAGAUGUACACAGUAAAAAAGAGAAGGAGACAGUUCCAGAUAAUGCUACUGGCCAGUGUAUUAGUACGGCUGAUGACCUCCUGUCUCCUACCAUCCAAAAAGCUCCACCUCUCCCAUUUCCUCCUCCUCCUCAAUCUUUUCUCUCUCCUGCCCAGCCAUUGCCAGUGUAUUCACAGUCACAGUUAGAGUUACCUGAUUACAUGAAGUGCUCUCAUCCACUCCCUCACUGGCUGAUAUACUCCAUGAAGCAAGUCCAGGAUAAGAAAGAGGAGAUGCUGUAUACUGCUUCUGGUGGAAGUGCAAAAAAAUGUGUCCUCUUUCACUCUGAUCCUACAAAGCCAAUCAAGAAAGCAAAGAAGAAAAAGAUUUGGAACUUUGUGUACGAGUCUCUCACAAUGCUAAUGAAUGGAUCGUUGCAUCUCUCAACUGUCGUGCUUAUGCUAACAAAUAAGAAAUCUGUAGCAUCAUGUCACUAUAAAGCUGUUGUAAUAGGGAUAAUAAAGUUUCUCAGGCAAGGCUAUCACCCAUUAUACGCUGCUUGGAGGGGCCUUUCUCUGGAGAAAAUAGGACAGAUAAGAAAAGGGAUCCUUGACCCACUCAACUCCCACUACCCUCCUCCACUCCUCCCACUAGAGACGCUGAUAAUAGCACUAGUCAUUAACAUACAGUCCAUUCACCCUCAACUCAUAACCGAGCUUAUGAAUCAGCUCUACGAUGAGAUAUUCUCAACCAGUUUGACCUUCCACAACGCUUGUGCCAUGUGUCGCAUAUACACUGCCCUUGGUAGAUUGCUGUCUGGUUUGGAUCAGAUACAAGGCCUUGUUUGUGAGCUGAUUCUCCAAUCAAAGCAGCUAGGACUAGUUGAAUCGGUUGCUAGUGUCUGGCCUUAUUCUCUAUCUCGUGCUACAGGGAGCACAUCACCUCCGCUGUUUGUUAAUAACAGGCUACAAUCACAAGGACUGGAGUAUCAGCCACUGAGCUUCACUUUGGAGGCUCUGGCAGGCGAGGGUUUAUUUAAGAAAGAUAAAUCGACUGUCACUGCAAUGAAGAACAUAUCAGCAUUCUGCAAAUGGCAGCAAAAUUUGUCAUCAAUGAUUAGAGACUCCCUGACCGAGUGCUUGAUUGAUAUGCUCAAAAACAGUUCCUCUAUAUCAAUAAAAGUGGCCCCAGACUCUAAGCCAUACCCGAGCAGACAUGCCUGCACUAUUGUCCUGGCACUGAGGCUCCUCUCCAAAGUCAGAGGAUGGAAGGAGUGGACCAAUGAUGUACUGAUUAGGCACUAUACCUGGCCAAUAUUGCAGCAGUGGAACAAGGAGCCAGAAAGCGUGAGGGAAGCCACUGUUGUCUGCCUUAUUAGACUAUUAGGAUUUGUUGGCCAAGAAGGGCUUGAUAAUUCAAACUCGCCAUCAAUUAAUCAAUUGCAAAAGGUUUUACUUUCAAUACUAAAGAAAAGGUUCGAGACAGCCAAAAAAGCUACUUUAGCUGUUCAAAUUGCAGCUGUUGAUUCACUAAUAGAGCUCUGUCCUCCGACUCAUUCUAAUUACCCGAUGGUCCACCCUGUUCUAUUCCAGUGGAUCCAAUCGUUAAAAGAAUCAAGUGCUACUGCAUCAAUUGCCUCUGAGUACAGUGGGAAAUGCAAAUUAAAGCACCACAAAUCAUAUUAGCUUUACUCUUUGUCUGUUAUGUCUGUUUAAUGUGUAAUUUAUUUCAUGAUUUUCUUAUAAGUUAUUUCUUACUGGUGGAGCAGUUCUGCUUGCCUGGUAUGUA